UUUGGUUUAAGUACUCUGAUCCUCAAGGUCAAGUUGGAGAUUAAUUAUGAAACUGUAAACAUAAAGCGGAGUUUCCUGCUUCUUCCAGUUAUAAGAAUAGACUCAUAGUCAUUCAUUGUAAAACAAUGAACUCAUCAGAAGGUUUGAUUCAGCAUGCCAGAGGAAAUUUUAGAGAAAGCUUCUUAUCCUCUGAACUAGGAGAGAAAAUUGGUCUGGUGCGUGAAUGGAUCAUCGGUACGGGAACAAAGUUAUUAGACUCUCAGACUUCUAAACCGUAUAAUUUUGAAGAAGCCUGUCAGAUUCGUAAAUCCCACGAACAAUUCGAGUUUAAGUAAAGCUUUGGAGGUCUUCGCUGAACUUUGUGAUUACAGGAAGCAAAGUAGCAUCAAUUUGGAACUGAGUGAGCUGGACUAUAUGGUACAGAGUUUUGUGGAAAAGCUAAAUAGGAGAACGUUUUUUGUUGUAUCGUGCUAUACUUAUUUCAGAUUGGUUGAAGAACUUUGGAAUAUUUUGGAAGAGUUACAAAAGAGGGAAAAGGAGGUCGAUACCUACGAUGGAACGUCCAUAAAAAACGCGAUAUCUGAUUUAGAGCACGGAGUUGAAAAGUGUGAAGUGAGACUAAACGGUCUUGCUCAUGAACUUGAAAGACUGAGAAUAAUCUUGAAACCUUCUGAUCCGGAUUAUCUUGGACAGUUAGAGGAUGGAUUCAGAGACGCAUGUCGAGCUGCCACUGAAGCAACACAAUCCCUCAAAAUUCGCAAACUUGUCCUCAAGAAGCACUCCAAGUUACUUGAAUGUGAGGAAAAUGUUUACGAAUCGAUCGGUUGGAUAGAAGAGCUUUAUGAAAAUAUUGAAGUUAUGUAUGAAGAAAAUUGUGUUGGAAAAAACCAGUUGGAGUCCGAAGAUCUUUUGAAAAAGCAUAAUGAUAUAGAAAAUCAAGCAAAAACAACCUAUACAUAUUGCAUACAACUGUUAGAAACAUAUGGAAAAUUAUGCGAAGCAGAUAGUAGACGCCUACCCCGGAAUAUAGGAAUAAGUAAAACUAGGCUUUUCCGUAUAUGGCCAAAAUUAACUGAUAGAUUAUUGGAAUUACAAGCACGAACGGAAGCUGCAAAAAAAGUUUAUGUAACAACUGAUAUGCUUUUAACUCGUGUUCAAGAAUAUCUCUUGGAAUUAAGUCGAAGUCCACCAAUAUUUGAUCGUAAAUGUGGUUCGCCAUCAACUCAAGGUAGUCCACCUGUUCCAAAUGAUCAAAAACGUGCGCAAUUAGAUAAAUUAUUGCUAGAAUUCUCAUGUAUUAAGUCAACUGGUCUACAGCUUAUUGAAAAAUUACCUAAAGGCUUAUUAUCAGAAGAUAUUAUAGUCAACGGACAGAUAACUGAUGAAGUAAUUCGUGUAAUACGCCUUAAACUAUACACAUUGUGGUUAAAAGUAAGAGAAUAUGAGUAUGCUUUGUUGGGUCGAAAUUCAUUAGAUAAUACAACUGCUAGUGAACUUGCUCCUGAUUGGCGUUCUCCUAGAAUAUUAUCACAUUCCUCAAAUUCAACAAUGAGAAGAGUUGGAUCCCUUUUUGAUGGUGAUUUUAGUCCAGUAACUAUGGUUUCACCGCAAAUGUCUGCACACGAGCGGAACAAUCGACCUUCGAAUCCCUUGGGCAAUGAAUUAUGUAAUCAUAACGGUUCAGAAGAAUCAGACGAUAGAGGGCAAUGUGAAUCAGUCAUCGUUCGGAAUCAGUCCAUUGCUCAAUUAAGACGAAGUUAUUUCGAUAAACUAGGCAGUGACAUAAGUUUUACAGCAAAAGUGCCCCCGUUUGAUAAACCUUCAAAAAUAGAGCCUUCAUCAUUCAAUCCGUUUCCUGUAAAUAACCAGAAGGAAAGGACAAAAUAUGAAGAAGAUUUGAAACUUAAAGAAAAUCUGAAUGGAUGUGAUAUGUAUUCUAAUCACAAUUUCGACAGUUUAUUUUAUGCGUUUAAACGUCAGUUAUCAGAAUUAACAAGAAACCAUCAGACACGUAAUCCUGGAGAUACAGUAACAGAUAUAGAAUUAUUCAUUUCUGAACAUGAUAAAACUAAAAAUGAAGCCAAUAAAAUUUUCGAUGAAUUCAAACGUCAGUUGAAUUCAAUAUUUAAUGAAGAUGAUUCUAAUAUUAAAGUAUCAAAGCAAAAUAUUCUUCUCGAUGCUAAACAACUUCUUGAUAAUUGGAUUACUGAUUGGGCUUUACAACGUGAAAAUCUUAAUUAUCGUCUUGCAUUUUUAAAUCGUUUAGAAGAUUUACAAACAGAUCUUGGUGAAUGUGUUUCUCGUUUAGAUCAAUUAAUAAAAGCUACUUGUUUAUCUGUCAAUACAGCUGCUGAAACAUAUAAGAAUCAACAAAAUCUUCAAUUAUUGAAUAAAUUAGGUGCGACAGUUUUAUCCGAAGCUGAAGUUUAUCAAAUUAAUACUAUUAAUGAAGAAGUAAAAGGAAUGUUACAGACAAUUCCGGCACAAGAGCAGUUCAUUCAAUCAUUGAUAAAUGAAGUUGAACAAUGUGAAAAGUUCCAAUUUCCUACUCAUAUAAUGCAAAUCAAAUCUAUCUGGAAAAAGUACACAGAAAAUUUAAAUAUAUUUAAAUCUUUUAUACAAAAUUUAACAAAGGCUUAUAACAUUAUUCCCGAGUUGAAUAGCUACAAAUCUAAUUAUUUGUAUCGUAUAUCUGAUCCCAGUAAACAAGUGUCUUCAUCGAAUCAGAUGGAUGGUCAUAAAUUAGAACAAGCUAUUUUUGAUAUAAUAAAACCUGAUUGUUUAUCUCCUAAUGCUGAAAAUUUAAACAAAAUCUCUUCAACAUAUCCACAAGUUUUAUGGUUAAUACAAUAUCUAAAUUCUCAAUUAAAUUUAAUUAAAGAAUCACAAGAAGAAUUAGAUAUGUUAAUGUUAAAUAUGCGAGUAGCGAGUACAUCACCUGUUGAUCUAUCUGAAUUAGUAACAAAAUCCCGUAAUAAUAAUAUUAAUGAUCAAAGAUAUAAUGAUAAAAAGUUACGUAUACAACAUUCAUCAUCACCUUUAUAUUCCGAUGGGAAUUCAUCGGUUGGUUUUAAUAAUGAUAUCGAUGAAACAUUCAAAUCAAUACCAUUAACCCAUCAUUCAUAUCCAAAUAAUAUAAAUUCAGAUAAAUCUAUAACACAAAUGAAUAAUAAUAAUAAUUUUAAUGAAAUUAAUUCGGCACCAACUAUUUUAUGUUCAACAUGGAGAAUUAUUAAACCAUUAAGUAAUAUACAAUGUAAACUAGGUGAUAUGAUCAAAUUACAAUGUUCUUUUAAUGGUCCAUCAUCUAAAGAUGCUUUUACUGUAUCAUGGUUUUAUAGACCAUUUAAAUUGAUUAAGAAGCAGUUAAGUUAUGGCGUAAAAGAAAGAAUUAAUUUCACAUGUUCUAAUGAUAUAGUUGAAACUAUUAAAAUAGAUUACGCUGAAUUAAUGAUUAAAAAUGUUACAGCCUAUAGAGCUGGAUUAUAUACUAUACGUAUAAGAAAUGAAGAAACUGGGAAAGCAAUGAAAAGCAAUGCUUCUUUAACUAUAAUCCCAAAUAUUCUGGAGGGUAAACCUGAUUUAGAAAUUGAAACUCUAGAUUCAUCUACAGGACUCCUUAAACCAAUCACAAUUACAGUCAGUUAUGAAGGAUUAUGUGUCAUUCCCGAUGUAAAAUGGACGUACAAUGGUUCACCAAUAAAUCACACGAUCUGGCGAAUUGAUACAGAUAUGAAUAGAAGUAUACUGCAUUCAGCCAAUGCACACAUUUCUGAUAAGGGAGUUUAUGAAUUUGAAAUAAGGGAUUAUGUGACGAAUACAAUACUUAAAACGAGAAGAACAUUACAGACUCAGUCUUCUGUGCCAAUAACUGAACAGCCGCUUGUAUUUGGCAAUAAUCAAACAAUUGGCAUGGUAUUCGUUGGCGAUCCAAUUGUAAUACGUUGCCCAUUACCAUCCGUAAUAAAAACGGGAUCAAGAAUAUCCGUUGAUUGGCUACAUGAUAAACAAAAAAUUUACUCAAUGACAACAACAGUUGCGAAACAAUGUGUCAAUAAAGUUAUCUCAAGCAGACUAGCUAGUUUCGAAGGAAAUCAGUUUCAACGUGGUGAAACAAUGUGGCGGACAUAUCUAAUGGAUAAUCAUUGUGUUCUUACGACAGAUCAUGUUCAAAAUACAGAUGAGGGUAUAUACAAGUGUCGUAUAAAAUCUGACACUGGUAUCUAUGAGUCUUCAGGAUCCUUAUCUUUACUUAAAGCUGUACAUUUCUCAAAAGAGUUGCCUACUUUAUUAGAAGUCUCAAAGGGUGAUCCAACUAAAAUGACAUGUUGCUUAGAAAUUUUACCUUUACAAGACAAUAAAAUUAUCGACUCUGUCAACAGCAAUAAGACUUCUAAUGAUCGAAAUAUUUCACCACCAUCAUCAUCAUCAGUACCACCUUUAUCUCAGUUACCAAUACCUACAACAAAUCAGUGGGAUCAAUUAUCUUUACAAAUUAGUUGGUAUUUAAACAAUGAUUUAUUAGAUAUUGAAAAAGCUAAAAAGCUGAACAUAAGUACUAAUUUUGUUAAUGGAUUAGCUAAUUUAUCAAUUGAUAAUGUAUCUCUUGAACAUGAAGGGGAUUAUUGCUGUAAAGUGGAAAGCUCAAGGGGUAUCAUUCAAACAUAUGGAAAGAUUAUACUUAAAAGAGAACCUACAUCUUUCAAAUUUACAAAUGAUGGACCUAAAAUCAUUGGAGAAAUUCUGAAAUCACCAAAUCCGAUUACAAUUAAUCAAUGUCUAACACUUACAGUAAAUUAUACUUCAAAUUCAAUGCCUGAAAUUAUAUGGUUGAAAAAUGAACAAAAACUCGAUAUUAAUAGUUCUCGUAUUAGGAUGGAUACCAAAAACAAUCAAUGCGCUUUAACUAUUUUUGACACAAAACCAGAGGAUACCGGUUAUUAUACUGUAAAAUUGAGUGAUUCUUUUGGUAUUGUCCAAGAAACAAUCUUUAUUGAAGUGAAACAGAAGACUGUAAAUGAAAUCACUAGAAUGAAAGAAGAUUCUUUAAGCCCUAACGAUCACAUUCAUAAUAAAUGUGUUCCAAAGGAGUAUGUUAAUAAUGUAAUAAAGCAAACAACUGUUAUUCCGACAUCUGAAAGUUAUUUGAAAGCAAAGUCAAUCAUAUACGGUCCAUUGGACACAAAAGUAAAUAUCGGUGAUACUUUGCGCCUGUUUUGUAUUAUACGACGAAUGCAAGAACCAUUUUUUGUUCACUGGACACAUAAUGGACAAAUAUUGAAAAAUUCAGCACUAACUAAUCAAACAACUGGUAUACAAACCUGGGCAAAUUAUCCUAAGAAUGGAUUUUAUAUUUUAGAAUUAAAAUCUGUAUCUGUACAAGACAAAGGAUUUUAUGGAGUGACUGUAUCUAGAGUACUCGAUAUAUCUGGUAAAAUGGUAAACGAAACAAUAGAAGAAGCUGUUUGUUGGGUUGAUGUUGAAGGUCAAAAGUCUUCGGAAAAGAAAACCGCUCCAGCAUUUAUAGAUGAUGAAUUUUCUCCGAUGAUGGAAGUAAUAGCAGGUCAAGUAGUUGAGUUAAAAUGUAAAGUGGUUGGUAAUCCGUUACCUUCAUUCUUUUGGCUAAAAGAUGGUGAUAUGAUGUCAUCAACCAAUUUGAAUUUUCAGAUAUCUCAAUCAAAGGGUAUGUACAAGUUAACUUUACCAGAUGUAACUAAACAACAUUCAGGAAUAUGGGAUUUAAUUAGUUAUAAUUCACAAGGUUUAAUUAUUAAAUCAUGUCAAUUGUUUGUCAGUGAAUACUCUAAUGGUUAUAUAAAGUCGGAUAAUAAUGAAACAAUUAUUAAUAUAAAGCCUUCAUCUAAUAAAUUUCAAGAAAUUAAUAAGUUAAUCAAUAAGCAAGAAAGUUCUGUUAAACAGAAUAUGAAUAAAACUUUGGAAACUCAAUCUAAUUCAUCUGGAACUAAAGGUAUUACAAUGCAAAACUCAAAAUUGGAACCACCUGAAUUUGAAAUUAUGUUCACGGAUAAAGUUAUGAAUGUAGGAGAGACAGUUUGUUUAAAAUGUUCAUUGAAAGGAAAUCCAAAACCUGUGGUACAAUGGCGUUUUAACGGGAAAGUACUUAACUUACCGACUGAAAGAAUUUUCAUGAUCCAAAAUAAAAAUGAAUAUAUAUUAUUUAUUUACAAUGCAUGUGAAAAUGAUACUGGACGAUAUGAAGUUACCGCUGAAAAUGUUAUUGGAAAAGCAAUUUGUUCAGCUCUACUAAUUAUAAACAAUUCAGCAAAAUCUCGGCAUAGUAGACCAUCUAGUGAACCAGAAUAUACUGCAACAGAAGCUGAGAAAUUAAACGCUAAUCUCCAUAAAUCAAUGGAAUGUUGUCAUUCAGGAACACAGACUCCUGAGAAAAGAAAAUCUACUCUUAUUCGUUCAGUUAGUGCUCCAUUGGAAUCUGAGUGUAGUGAUUGCUGUAGCAAAAUGCUUUUACGAUGUCAUGCUUGUUACGCGCCUUUAGUCCGAGAACAUGAAGAUGCUCGAGCAAAACAUUCAAAGCUUAAAUCUGAAUAUUUGCCAUCUCUUUAUAAUGCAAUUAGGAGACUUGAAAGAAUAAUGAAUUUUUGUGAAUGAUAGGAAAAAAAUAGUUCUGUAUUAAUUGUCCCAUUUUUACAAAUGAGCCAAAUAAUCAUGAUUGAACAUCUGAGUCGUUUGUUCAAAAAACAUUUGAGAAAGUGUACUGUUCAAUGUUUCAUACAAUACUCAUGAACAUUUAGUUAUGUCUAUCUUUUAUUGAUUACAGACUUAUUCACGAUCAAAACCAUGGACCGUUAGACGGCAUAAAUGUUCAAGUGGUAUAUCACGACGAAUGACUGGAUCAAGUACACAAACUAGGCUAUCAAGACAUCGAAGUGAAAGUUCUCUAUUACAUCAAUGUCCUUACUGUGAUACAUUAAUGUUGCCAGUAAAUCCACCAAACUUAUCAAAAUCAAAAAUUAAUAAAAUUGAACGUGUUUUAAGUUUUCCUGAUGAAUAUUAUCAGCCAAUAGAACAACAUUUAUCACAAGAAGAAGGAGAAGAUAUUUAUUAUUAUCAACCAAAUUAUAAACAAAUUAUUGUUUCACAUAAGACUACACGUACAAAACAUAUGAAUGUUACAAAAACAACUGAAUCACAUUUACCCAUAUCAUCUUUACGUGAAAAUAAAUUAUCAUCACCAACAUCAGAUGUACUUCAUAAAUCCACAACUAAACUUCGUGAAAUACCAAUUACAAUACAACGUGACAAUGGUUAUGAUCAAAUGAAUAAAUCGCAUAAUCAUGCAGUUCAGAACAAAACUAAUCCAUCUAUAAAGAAUAAUUCUCAAUCAGAGGGAACAGUUAGUAUUGUAGAAAGUUCAGAUAAUGAUUCUGCGGUUUUUUAAAAAAAACAACAAAUCGAAGAAAACAUUUCGACUUUAUACUCUACUGUUCACUUCUUUAAUGUAAUAGUAUAUAUUCUAAUUGUUAAAUUUUGUUUUACGGUUAUUUUUGGACUUCGGUAAUCCUGUACAUUAAAUCUAUUUAAUAUGCUAAUCACUGUUAUAAUAAGUAUGUAUACUGAAUUUUUACAUCAUUUACACUUGUAUUACUCACAAAAAUUAAUAAUAAAUAGUAUAAUCCUUCUGAAAUUUUAUACAUGCACAGAUAGCUAGGUUAUCCACUUAUAUACCCUGAUUGGAUUAUUUUCACCUCAAUAAAAACAGUUGUAUCUUCGGUAAUCGAUAAAAAGACGGAAUCAUCUUUGCGGUCAGGAAUUUCUUAAAAAUCGCCUGUUGAAUUCAGUGCAUUAACAAUAUGCUUUUUAUGUUCUGUGCUACUGUUUCGGUUUUUUUUUAAUCAUGUGAAAUAGAUAAAAAAAAUAUUAUUGUUCUGUUUGUGUGGUGGUUACAUUUCAGGUUUCGAACUGUUACAAGAAAAUAAAUCAAGGGUAAAAUUUCAUUCAGUAUGCUUUCUCUGUGGUUAAUUUUUAGUGAACAUUACACAGCACUUGUUUUGUUGUGAGGUUAUGUUGAAAUCUUUUAUAGUGAUCAAAAAUCUACUGUUGAGAAAUGGUAAUCACUUUGUAUAAUGAAAUCAACUUUAAGCAAUGUCUAAUGUAUAAGGUCAACAUAUGGAUUUUCUGUAGUCAAUACUGUUAGUAAACUGUAAAUUGAUUUUGUGUUUAACGUAAAACAGGGGUAUAUUAUCAUAAAAGGUAGAAAAAGGUUUGUUAAAAAAUACUGAUUAGCCACUGAGUAGCGAGUAAUUUCAGGUUUAACUGGUCUUGCUUAGUAUUGACUGAAUUAUAUUGAUCAAUUAGCAGUGUGGCCGGAAAUCUAAGUGACUCAACAUCGAGUGGAUCAUCUUGAGGUAUAAGAUGGCUGCAGGCAUUCGACAGGAAACCCUUGACCUGGAUUUUGAUGUAGUCGAGACUCAACAUCAAGGUAUGUCUGUAAUCCUAAGGGAACUUGUGCCCUUUGGUAAAUAUCUCAAUUGUAUAGGAGAUCAUGCGCUUCUCAAAAUAGUUCAGUUGUAACAUUCCAAACUGUGAAACUCUUUGAUACAUGAUCGAAUUCACAAAAAAGUAUAAAUUCUUUUGACAUUUCAGGUGAAUCUUGUUGAUGAGUGCCACACAGCACGAAGUGUAAGUCCAAGUUUUUCGAUCGACUACCUUUGACAAUUUAACAUUUAUUUAUUUAGACUAGUUAUUAUUUAUCUGGAGAAUGUGUAACUGUAAAUUGAUUGUUCAAUGUGGUUUUCGCAAAUAAUUUAACCAAACAGUACAAAAUAUUAUAUAAUGUAAAGUAAAAG